AUAAAGGAAAAAGAAAAAUGGCCAUGGCCAUGCCCAAAACCCCAAAAUUUCAUGUAGCCAUGUUCCCAUGGUUUGCCUUCGGCCAUAUGACUGCAUUCCUCCAUCUCUCCAACAAGCUUGCUGAGAGAGGCCAUAAAAUCACAUUCAUGCUGCCCAAAAAGGCUCAAUCCCAGCUACAAACCUUGAAUUUUCAUCCUACUCUCAUCUCUUUCCAUCCCCUCUCCAUCCCCCAUGUUGAUGGCCUUCCUCCCGGGGCUGAAACCGCCUCUGAUAUCCCCAUCUUCUUGACCCACCUUCUGGCCACUGCCAUGGACCGCGCCACCGACCAACUUGAAGCAGCUCUCCGGGCAUCGAAUCCUGAAUUUUUGUUCUAUGAUUGUAGCCAUUUGGCUCCGGUUUUGGCAUCGAGAUUAGGCAUCAAGGCCAUAUGCUACAAUGUGGUUUGCGCAGCUUCCAUUGCCAUUGCCCUUGUCCCAGCUCGUGGAGUUAGCAAGGACAGGCCAGUUACAGAGGCUGAACUGGCUGUGCCGCCAUCUGGGUACCCUUCUUCGACGGCGGUGUUCCGCCUCCACGAAGGUCGGGCUUUGCAGUUCAUAUCUGCACCGUUUGGGGACGGCAUAAGCUUCUACGAACGCAUCACCACUGCCAUGAAAGAAUCCGAUGCAAUUUCUAUAAGAACCUGUAGAGAAAUUGAAGGAAACUUGUGUGACUACAUUGGAACCCAGUAUGGAAAACCAGUCUUCCUAACCGGCCCGGUACUGCCUGAGCCUUCACCGACCCCAUUGGAGGACAGGUGGGCUCAGUGGCUAGGUGGGUUCAAGCCCGGCUCGAUAAUAUUCUGCGCAUUUGGAAGCCAAUACAUCCUUGAAAAGGACCAGUUCCAGGAACUGGUUCUAGGGUUAGAGCUAACAGGCCUGCCAUUCCUAGUAGCUCUAAAGCCACCAACCGGAGCUACAACCAUUGAAGAGGCCUUACCAGAAGGGUUCAAAGAAAGGGUUGGAGGGAGAGGAGCGGUUCAUGGAGGUUGGGUGCAACAGCCAUCAAUCCUGAGCCACCCAUCAGUGGCGUGUUUUGUGAGCCACUGCGGGUUUGGAUCAAUGUGGGAGUCCCUCAUGAAUGACUGCCAAAUAGUGCUGGUGCCCCAUCUUGGUGACCAAAUAUUGAACACUAGGGUUUUGGCUGGAGAGCUUCAGGUUGCAGUGGAAGUUGAGAGGGAAGAGAAUGGGUGGUUUUCAAAGGAGAGCUUGUGCAAAGCCAUUAAAUCAGUGAUGGAUGAAGAGAGUGAGGUGGGUGGUUUGGUGAGGAAGAAUCAUGCUAAGUGGAAGGAGACCUUCGCGAGCCCAGGCUUUAUGAGCAAUUAUGUUGAUAAAUUUGUUGGCCAAUUGCAAGGACUUUUGGACCAUAAUUGAAAAUUAAUAGUGAAAUAGUUUAGAAUCAGAAUUAAUAUUGGACAUGUUUCAGUAUUUAGCACACAUACAGUGGCAAUUUUCAUUUAAGAAAGAUGUACUUUGUAAUUUUAUUUGGGCCAA